AUGGCACCGGUCGGUCGAUCCGCGGAAUCUGUGCCUCAUUACGAAGACACCGCAGAAGUGGUGCCUAAAAGUGAUGACCAAAACAAUGCGAACAAUGAAUACAAGUUGCAAAUAGUGUGGAGGAAUGUCCUAUUGAUGGGUUCCCUACAUAUCGGUGCUCUAUAUGGCGCUUAUAUAAUGCUAACUGACGCCAAAUACCAAACAGUGAUCGCCUGGUUCCUCAUGUAUAUGAGCUCAGGACUGGGCAUAACAGCGGGCGCCCACCGAUUAUGGUCUCACCGGUCAUACAGAGCCAACUUCGCGAUGAGAAGCCUGCUAACUGUGUUCAACACAAUGGCCCUCCAGAACAGUAUCUACGACUGGUGUCGCGACCAUAGAGUGCACCAUAAGUUCUCGGAAACACACGCCGACCCCCACAACGCCAACCGGGGCUUCUUCUUCGCACACGUGGGUUGGCUGUUGUGUCGCAAACACCCAGACGUGACCACCAAAGGCCGGAUCGUCGACUUAAGCGACUUAAUGGACGACCCUUUGGUGCGCUUUCAGCAUAAAAACUAUCGUUUCUUAAUAUUAAUAUUUUGUGUCAUUCUGCCGACACUUAUACCAUACCUGUUAUGGUCAGAGACUUUCACCUGGCUAAUUAAUUCAGCAGCUCAUCUGUAUGGCAAUAGACCUUAUGAUACUACAAUAAAUCCCAGUCUGAUUUUGCUAACUUUCAAACAUUUGGUGAGGGGUAUCACAAUUAUCACCACACCUUUCCCUGCGUCUGAGUUGGACUGGAAAUACAACUGGAAUUUCACAACACUUUUCAUUGACUUUUUCGCCAAAAUCGGUUGGGCUUACGAUAGGAAAAAGGUUUCCUAUGAUAUGGUUAGCGCUCGUGUGAAACGAACCGGAGAUAAGACAUUGAAUGUCUCCAAAAGACUUAAUGAUAACUUCAUCACUCAUUGCACUAAACAUACAUAA